GAAGUACCGUUAGGAGAAAAUGGCGUUCUAAAAUACUGGGGAUUAUUACUAUUGUAGAUGGAGGUGUUUUUGUUCUCUAUGAAUCAAAUCGUCAUAUUGUUAAGCAUAAUAAGAUGAAUCAAACAAUAUGAACAUGGAAGCUGUCUUUUGUUGACCUCGAAUAGUCUUUAAAAUACAAAGGAGAAAACAUGAGUAAAGUAUCUUCAGAAGAAGAAAGAUCAAAGAUUUCUAAACAAGCAAAAUCUGAUAUAACUGAAGUUAGUAAACCAGAGAAUGGAAUUAGAAGUAAACGUAGAAAAAGACCACGACAGAUGUUCUCACCUGAUGAUGACUCACAGCUUUCACGACGAAAACAAAAGAAACCCAAACGUUUUCCGUUUUCUUCCACAGCACCAGAUAGACCAUGUGAUAUUCUUCAAGAUGGAACUCCAUUUUGUUGUGAUUUGUGCAAGUCGAGAUAUGUCAUUAACAGAUUCUCAAAGAAGUCUUUGAAGAAUAGAAGAUCUAAGCAUGUUCCAGCACCCAAACAGAAAUAUGACCCAGUGAAACAGAAAAUGUUACUGCUAUGUAAUGCAUGUGGUCUUACUUUGGAUCGUCCUAAAAAGACAAAGAAUGCUGGUUCUGUAUCUAAUGAACAGGAAAGAGAUAAAUACAUCAAAGAGGCAAAAACAUGGGCAAAACAGUUAGCUGAUCAGUAUGAUCUGCCUAAUGCUAUACACCUAUAUUGUCCUGUAAUUAAAAGAAAAAAAUGUGCCUGUCUACAGAUAUAUAUUGAGGCUAAUGGUGUAGAAGCUGAGAAGCAAAAAAGGGCGUCACAGCUUAGUGCCAUGGCAUCAGAGGCUAGGCGUCUGAGUGCUUUAAAAUGUUAUGAUAAAUAUGUUGCUGAGACUCAAAAAACACCUGAGAAAACAUCAGAAAACAGUCCUGAAAAACAGCAAGACAAUAAUCCUGAAAAUAAUUCCGAUCAAAAUUCUGAUAAUAGUCCAUCAAAAAAACUCAAAAGGAAUGUUAUCAUUGGACUUGGAAAUGGGCACAAAAAGUCAGAGAAAUUUACAGAAUUUGUAUUAUUGAAUAGAGAGAACUUAAAGAGAAAACUUCAGCUGUGUGAACGUGCAACACAGAAAAUUCUCUGUUACUCCAACAACUUCUUACAUAAAAAAUUAAAAACCGAGGAGAAACGAUUCCGUGCCCUGCCAGUGAAAGGAAAAGCUCGACUUGGACUGUUGCAAUCAUUUGAUGAUUUAGCUAAAAAGAGAUGCUGUGUCGACAACUGUGUAAUGAUGGCUUUGACACACAGGACUAUAUUAGAAGAAUGGAGGAGAAGGGCAAGGCAAGGUCAAUUAGAGGCUAGAAGGGUUAUUGCUGAAAUGCUCACACCAACAGCAUGUGCCAGGAAAAAUUGUUAUACAUUUGUGACAGCUGUAACUGGAUGUUCACGGACAACCAUAGUACAAGUGAACCAACAGAUGGCACAAACCAAUGGUGACAGAGAACCUCCCACCCAUGGACUUAAAAAAUACCACCAUAAAAGUAAAAAGAAAGAGCAAUCAAAAGCUGUGGCAUCUAUGGAGACUGCAGUUACAGAAAUACAGACAAAUGUUGUCGAUAAGCAAAGGGAACAGUUGCAGCAACUACAAGUUCAACUACAUGAACAACAAAUCCAGCUACAGCAACAACAAGAAUUACAACAUCAAUUACUCCAACAAACGCUAUCAUCACAGGGCAAAAGUCAGACAGAUAAUGUAAAUCUCCUACAACAGAUCAACAACCAGUUAAAUAUGCAGAUUCAAAAUACGCAGAAAAAUCUUCAGCAGACACUCCACAAUAUGGGGCUUCUAAUAGGUACCAGUACUACUGGGAAUCAGGAUAAAACAACAAUCUGUUCACAUGACAUACAAAAUAAAACUGGAACCAGUUCUAAUAUAAAUCUUAGCAGUGGCAAUAUUAUACUGACUCCUGCUCAGGAAUUAAGUAUAAAUAUUAAUGCAGAACAAGCCAGAAUAAAAAGUAAUGUUCAGAAGAAACAAAGCAAGAUUUUGAAAUCCUUGGUUGAGACGAAUUUGGCCCAAGGUCAGACUGUCAUUGUGACAAGUUCAAAUAGUUCACAGAGUUCACAGGUUUUGUUCACACCAGCAGGUGUUACUGUUAUUCCUCAAAAUAACAUCUCUCAUCAAUCUCAAAAUGAAGGUAUUCCAGCUCAGCAAAAUAUAAUCCAAAAUCCACAACAAAUAAUCCAAGCUCCACAAAACAUAAUCCCAACUUCACACCCAAUGAUCCCAACACAGCAGCAAAUGAUGCAGAGGCAGCAAAACAUAGUUCUUACUCAGCCAAACUAUCAGUUUGGUCAAAUGUCAUCACAAUCAGAUGAAAAUGUUAUAACAAUCCAGCCCAAUACAGUUAAUAUAGCAGCACAACACCAAACAGCAGAGGAAAUAAUAAUGAACCCAAUUUUAGAUAAUGGUGGAAACAGGAUAUAUAAUUUUACAUUACCUAUCCAAGGAGCUGGCAAUCAGCAAAUAAUUUCUCUGGAAAACAUGCCUGUGGAUAAAGUAUCAGAAGUUUUAUCUAAUGCUCAAGUUGUAGAAAUGAGUUUACCUAGUUUUCUGGAGAGUGCUAAAAAAUGUGGACCAGUUCAGACUGGUUCAACAUUUGUGACAGAGGUUAAUAGAGAUAAAUCAUUACAGUCAAAUAAAAUCUUCAAAUCAAAUUUGAGGAGAAAACCCAAUACGGGUAAGACGUCUGCCACAAAUAAUUUAUCGUCAUCAAAAACAGCUGCAGUACAAAAACAGCUUUAUACAAAUACACAAGUUAACGCCAAUCUAUCUGAUCAAGAAUUAUCUCCCCCAAACAUGACCAUAUUUACAAAUAAUGGUGAAACGUCCAAUGAGAUGCCUUGUAUACCAGAUAUUGUUUUGAAAGAGUUUGCAAGAGCUUCACACCUAACCAAUGUCAACAAUCCUACAAUGUAUACUGCUGCACCAUUGGUCAGUCAGUUUACAGCAAAUAAAUAUAACAACCAAUUAGAAAACAGAAAUCCUUUUAUAAGUGGAAAUAUACCAACUGAAGUCAUGGGUAUUGGACAAACUGUUACAGAUGACUUAUCAAUAGAAUGUGACAACAACCCAUCAGGAAGAAUAAUUGAUCAAUUAUCAGUCAAACCAGUCUCCAAGUCUACCAAAUCACAAAGAAGUCGAAAUAGUAACAUAAAUUCAUCACAAAAUGUUAGUGUAUCACAGACAGUGUCACAAGGUCAUAAUCCAACAACAUACCACAUGGUUAGUAGUACAAAAACUAAAAUCCCACCAAAAACUAAAGAACAUUAUGAAAGACAAAAACCAAUGUCAGUUCCAACAUCAACAUUAACAUCUGAAUACAUGAACUUCUCUCUCCCCUUAAGUGAUGUUAUUACCAUGUAUUCAAACCAAACUGUUGGACAAAAAGUGUCUAAUACUGAUCAAACUCAACAACUUCAGCUUACUUUACAGAUCAAUCCUGUAUCGAGGUCCAGUGGCGAUAAUGCAUUUGGAACAAAUACAGUGGAUUUAGGAUCACUAUUAAUUAUGGACCAAAAUAACAGAUCACAAGCAUGUGUACCUCCCAAACCUCAAAUCGACAAAAAAAUUUCAAGGAAGUCAGAAAAUAUAUAUAAAAGUCAGAGGUCACGACAGGACAGCCAAUCACUUGUGAUUGAUGAAGAUAUAUCAACAGAAGGCAACAUGACAGAUACUGAUGAAGAAGUACAGGAUAUUUUAAAAACAUCAAACAAAUCAAGAAAAGAAGUAAAUAGUAAAACUACAAUAGAGCAACCAGUAACCUUAGCUAAAAGAACUGGUACACUUCCUUUUCAACCAAUGGAAAGAUCAGAUACCAUGAUUAUUGACCAAUCAGUCGAAAGAUCUGAUACAAUAUUUAUGAACCAAUCAGUGGUUAGAUCUGAUACUGCAAUACUAAAGCCAUCAGGAACAAUUAGCUCUUUUGAAGAUAUUCAGAGAUCAGAUACUAUAAAACUUCCUGAAGAGCCAGAUCAACUAGAAACAAUAACAAUUCCUGUCAGAAAACAGAAAGGAAAGAAAAGAGACAAUGCAAAGAAAAGUAUUGAUAAAAGGAAACAGUUUGUACAGGUUAACCAGACUACAUUGGUAUCAGGUCAACCUAGUAAUUGUACACAGACAGUUGGUACUAAUGAUCAGGUUAUCCUGACUGGGACCAAUAAUCAGCAUUGUCAGGCUUGGUUGCAAAAAAUUAUCAAUGAAGUUAAGAAAAAUUAAGAUUUUUGAAUAAAAAAAAAAUAUGAUUUGCAGUUGUCAGCUUGUAAGAAUAUAACCAAUAAAGAGUGGAUUUUUUCAUGUGCA